AUGCCCAUGCAGUCUCGGAGUGAUGAGUCGGAUCUGCCGGGUCCGGCGUCCGAGGACCAGCCUGCACCCGACACUCAUCAAAGAUACUUUCCCCCGCGUGUUUGUCGCAUCUGUCUAGACACGGUUUUGCCUACCGUGCAACCGUCAGAGUUUCUUCAGAGACCUCGAGUGGUUUAUGAAUCGUCCGAUCCGGAAUUGGGUCGACUGCUCCGCCCCUGCAAAUGCAAAGGAUCUUCGCGAUAUGUACACGAAGGAUGCUUGCAGACAUGGCGGCACGCGGACCCUAGAUAUGGUCGACGAAACUACUGGCAAUGUCCUACGUGUGGCUUCCAGUAUCGAUUGAAACGACUGACGUGGGCUCGGUGGAUCAGUAGCUCGGGCACGCAGGCUCUGCUGACCAUUGGCAUCCUGCUCUUCACCAUGUUUCUCCUUGGUUUUAUUGCUGACCCCAUCAUUGAAUUUUUCCUUGUUGAAUUAGACGAUCUUCCCUUGGAUGUGGAUGAUCUUAACACGUCACAGGCAUCGUGGCUGGCGCACUUCAUCAAGGGACUUGCAUCACUGGGGUUGCUGUCAUCCAUUCGGGUCAUCUUCACGAUGUCAUGGAAUCUCCGUGUGGCCACGGGAGGACGACCGUCCGGCCGCGAUCGAAUGCGCUGGUUGCUGAUCGUCAUUGGUGUCGGCACUUUCCUUUGGACUGUCUACAAGGCUGUGCGCGCUUGGAGCAAGCGAGCAUUAGAAAAGACCGGCGAACGAGUCAUGGAUGUCCCUCUUCCAGAUGAUGAGGAUGAAGAUGCACCUGUGCCGCAGUCCACCUUCAAUGAUCACACAAAAUCCGAGUAG